AUGGAAGGUGGAGGCUUUCAUGGCUACCGCAAGCUCCCCAGCACCACCUCUGGGUUGAAGCUGUCAGUGUCAUCAGACAUGAACAACUUGAACAUGAGGCAGGUAGCAGGAGACAACAGCCACGCAUCAGAGGAGAACAACGAAUGCACCGUGAGGGAGCAAGACCGUUUCAUGCCAAUUGCAAAUGUGAUCAGGAUCAUGCGAAAGAUUCUCCCCCCGCAUGCCAAAAUCUCAGAUGAUGCCAAGGAAACAAUUCAAGAGUGUGUAUCUGAGUACAUCAGCUUUAUCACCGGAGAGGCGAACGAGCGUUGCCAGAGGGAACAACGCAAGACCAUAACUGCUGAGGAUGUGCUUUGGGCCAUGAGCAAGCUUGGAUUUGAUGAUUACAUCGAACCACUGACCAUGUACCUUCACAGGUACCGUGAGCUUGAGGGUGACCGUACCUCCAUGAGGGGUGAACCACUGGGGAAGAGGACUAUUGAAUACGCCCCUAUGGGUGUUGGUGUUGCUACUGCUUUUGUUCCACCACCGUUUCACCCCAAUGCUUACUAUGGUCCUGCCAUGGGGACUUAUGUAGCGCCACCAAAUGCCACGUCCUCUCACCACCAUGGAAUGCCCAAUGCUGAACCGAAUUCUCGCUCCAUGUGA